CUUUCAACAACACAAAAUUGAUACCGAAGGUAGGAAAUUGAUCGCUUUCUGUUGUAGUAUUUUGCUGUUUGCUGUGAAGGGAUUAAUGGAUAUUGUUAUAAUGUCGGCGUUGUUUUACUUGUAGAUUAGCGACGACAUGAUAGGAUUGCAAUAUUCGCGUUAAAACAUUCAUAACUUGUCUUAAAUUUGAAGUAUAUAUGAUCGAAAUACAGCCAGUUUUUGUUACAUUUUGGCCAUUUAAGUUUUUGGAAAGCGUUUUAGGUCAUUCUUGUUUGUAAAUACGAUAGCUUGUGCACUUUUUGUAGCGGUUACAAGGGCAAGUGUUGGCCUGUACAUAAACUUAAACGACAAUCCUUAAUUUUGCGAGUGUUUUGGUAAUAUAUAGCUAUACAAAUGUUUUACACUUUUUUUGAGUGGAAUAAAGAUUUGAUGCUGUAAGUUAUAUAUAUAAAAGGGCAACAUGUUGGUCGAAACAUUCCUCUUUGUUCAUUGCAACAAUGUUGGUAUGUUUGUUGACUUUAGGAGAUGAAAUCAAAUUUGACUUUGUUCAAAAUUUCAACCGACAUUGUUCGAAAGUCUGUUUUUGCCUUUUUGGGCAAUGUUAUCUGAUAUCACAGACCUGUUUGACUUUUGACCAAAAUGUUUAUCCAGCAUUGUCGGGACGUCAACGUUGGCCAUGUUUGACUUGGUCUUGACUGUUUUACCGUAAUUUGUCUUGCAAAAAAAAAACGACGGCCGAACUUGUUAGCCAGAUAUAUUCUGACAGUGUGCCCUGGUAUGCCCUACUAUAACGAGGCCCAACUUGUUAGCCGGAUAAAUUCUGACUGGUGACAGUGGGCCCUGGUAUACCCUACUAUAUUAUUUCACUCUGUCUAAUGCCUAUUUCAAUAAUAAUUUAUUUAGGUUUAAUCCAAUUUAGGAAGAUCGCAAUACGACUACAAAUGAAUGUAUUGGUUUUGUAAUGAAGAACUGUGAAAUCUAGCUGGUGGCACAAACAUAGUUUAAACAUCAAUGGAAAUGGCUAACUGUACAUGAUUUCUGUAGAAAACCUAUAUCUUUGCGGAAACUUGGUGUCCUAUUGCACAAUACAUUGAAUCAUGUAGUUCGCCUGGACUGUAUUCAACCUAAUCUAGCGUUUUCGUGCUUGUGACGAAUUCACACGGACGUGAAUCUAACUAGUUACACGUCUAUUGUUUUGUGUUGCGACGUCAUGGGUACUGAUAAAGCACUGCGGAUCAAUCACGGCCAUGUUGUAUUUGUCGGCAGCAAAGGAAGCGGAAAGAGCAGUCUGUAUCAAUGCUUGAAAUCUCCAAACCCGCAAGUCAUUGAUGGUCUGAGUUGUUCGGUAUUGGUCGAAGAUUGGAGGCCGUUUAGUAAUGAAAGUCCUGGUAAGCUUCACUCUCUGGUUUCUGGUUGAUUGAUUUGUACAGGGCUUGCAAUUAUGCAUGAGAUACCAUAGGAUAUCCAUUGGGAUUAGCAGUGGCGGAAAUCUCGGGGGGGGGGGGCCGCCCCACCACCUUUGUGGAAAAUGAUGAAUUUUCAGAAAUUUUGACCUAUAAGAGGGCUAAAAACAGCCUUUUCGAGUGCAAAUGGGAGGCCUAAAAACAGCCUUUUCGAGUAAAAAUUUGAAAGUUUUGUCGGAAGUUUAGAAGGCUUCACCCCCCCCCCCCACCGGAAAAAGUGAAUUUCCGCCACUGGGGAUUAGUUUAUUCCAGUGAGCUCUAUAUACGGUAUAUCAUCUGGAGUGAGAAGUCGAGUCCAAAUUCUGCAUGGUCGACAAUGUUGGUCUGGCAAGUUUGUAAUUAGACAUAGAUUUGUGUAGGAAAUUACACUGUUCGAGAAAUAUUAAUGAAAAAUUGCGUUCAUGUUUGGCAAAAUAUUUAUAAUAUUGCGAGUGCGUAACACAACCGGUAUUAUAAAUAGUUUGCCAAACAUGUGCAAGUGUAAUUUCCUAUUGAUGUAGUGUAAUUUCCUAUUUGCACAUUUGAUCAUAUACCAUAACAUUUAAUUUGCGCAAUAUAAAUAUUAAAUAUUAUUGUUAUUGAUAUAAUUUUAUAGUCAAUUUUACAUGAGCAAUCAAUGAUAAGAAACGUAUUAAUUAAUGUAGCCGAGUGAGCACUGAGCCAUAUGCACCUUUGUCAACAUGGUAUUAAUUAAAACUGUUUAUGACCUUCAUAGCUGUAUUGGACAUCAAUUUUCGCAAUCUUGGCUUCACAUUUCUCAUAUUGUAAACCAGGGAUGGAUCUACCAUGAUCUGGUAGGGGCCAAGUUGUGUCGGUCAUGUGUGCCGCCCGCCCAUCAACUUGCUUCACUACUGCAAAGUCGUGCUUGACUACUGUAUUUGAAUUGUAAUUGUUGUUCACAGUUCGCUUAUCAUCAUGUUAUUACUCAAAUUACUGUAUCUCAUUUUGUCUCUAAUAAUUUUUUGCUUUAUUGUGAAAAUUAGCACCCCCCUGCACCCCCUCUGGCCAGGGCUAGGGGGUGCACCCCCUCUGGCCAGGGCUAGGGGGUGCACUCCCGCACCCCCCCCCAGUAAAUCCAUCCCUGUCGUAAACCUCAGAACAUAAACCCCCCUCCCCCCAUGUAUAAGCCCACCACAUGCACUAACGCUCACCUCAUUCCAAAUAUAAGCCCCUCCCUCAAAUAUAAGCCCUUCGAUAUUUAAAAAUAUUGUUAUUGUCUUUAUAGCUUACUAUGUUAAUCAAAGCACAUUAUUAAUACUAGCCUGCGAACAGGCUCUCAAGCUGAGUUGAGAGCCUGCUUCGAAAAACAGUAUAAACUGUACGGUCUAAAUUUAGUUUGCACGGUCUAAAUUUAGUUUGCACGAAAGUUGUAAACAACACCAUAUAAGGAUAGACAUUCCAUAUUUGGAAAAACAAACGUUAUGGGACAGAUAUUCAAAUUCAUUCGUCAUCGAUGCAGGCUCUCAAUUCAGCUUGAGAGCCUGUUUGCAGGCUAUAUUAAUACAUGUUUAUUUUCCCAUUUAUGACUGACUUGUUUAUUACUAACACAAAAGAUUGCCCAAUUGUAUAAGCCCCCCAUAUAUAAACCCAUGAAAAAUCGCUUACGAAAGCAUAUAAGCACAGGGCUUAUAUUUUGAGGUUUACGGUAGGCUGAAUGACUGAUGCUCCAGAGUAUGUAUAGAGCUCGGUGGUCUGAUCUUGAUAGCUAACCUGGCUGCCUAACAGACCAACCGAUUGUCUUCAUAUUUGCAGUUGCAGAUGAAUGUUGUGAAUAUUUUAACGAAAAUCUAUCGGAGAAUGAUCUGGAUGCAAGUGUGUCUGUUUGGGAUAUCUGUGGACAUGAGGUAAUAUAUGCAGAAAUGUUCAACCCUGUUUUUAAGUGGCAAUGCGCCCUACUUUAUUAUCUUACUCCGUCUAACGCAAAGUAUUCUAACGAGUGUCCCAUUGGUUUCAUGAUUUCUUGCAGCCUUUAUGGACCAUUCAACAACUGUGCGUACCCGAAACUGCAUUGUUUGUGUUAGUUUUCAAUGUUCGAAAUCCAAGAGAUGCUGGACUUCUGCCACAGUGGGUUCAAAUCAUCCAGUCGAAGGUACCGGUAUUAUACAAUUAUAGUUCGGAGCAGUAUGUAUUGCAUGAACAGCCCUGUUGUAUCAAGUGUACAAAAACAAACGUAAAUAAACAGUAUUGUUCUUUCUGUUUUCAGUCUCUUGGUGCAGAGAUUAUCAUUGCUGCCAGUAAUUGCGAGGUUUCUGAAGAUUCCUGUCAAAAUGUCUUGGAUGAAAUUAAGAAAAUGGAAAAUGGUGUACUCAAAGAAAUAAAUGAAGAACUCGCGAUUUUAAGGUUCGUCCAUUAACAAAUAUCAUUGUAAGCUGUCGUGGUUUGUGUCUGAACUACCUAAAAUUAAAAAAGAUAUCUCAAACGUGGUGGUCCAGUGUAGGUAGUAUUCUACAAUAAGCUGUCGUGGUUUGUGUUUGAACUACCUGAAGAAAAUGAUAUCUCAAACGUGGUGGUCCAGUGUAGGUAGUAUUCUAUAAUAAGCUGUCGUAGUUUGUGUCUGAACUACCUGAAAAAGAUAUCUCAAACGUGGUGGUCCAGUGUAGGUAGUAUUCUACAAUAAGCUGUCGUGGUUUGUGUCUGAACUACCUGAAAAAGAUACAAACGUGGUGGUCCAGUGUAGGUAGUAAUUUCUACAAUAAGCUGUCGUAGUUUGUGUCUGAACUACCUGAAAAAGAUAUCUCAAACGUAGUGGUCUAGUGUAGGUAGUAUUCUACAAUAAGCUGCCGUGGUUUGUGUCUGAACUACCUGAAAAAGAUAUUUCAAACGUGGUGGUCCAGUGUAGGUAGUAUUCUACAAUAAGCUGUCGUGGUUUGUGUUUGAACUACCUGAAAAUGGAUAUCUCAAACGUGAUGGUCCAGUGUAGGUAGUAUUGUAUAAUAAAUUACCGUGUUUUGUGUCGGAAUUACGUGGAGAAGAUAAAAACACUUCGACAAUCGACAUUUCAAUAUUGUAAUGUUUAAUGAAGAACGGUCAAUAUCUUCUACUUUGGAAAACUUUUCUAAAUAACUUUUCCAAGAUAUUUCUGUUCUGGUUUUCUCACAGAGAGCUCCAGUCCAAUAUCUGGGUGAAAAAUCGCAUUGAAAAGUUAGAAAGAAUGAUUAAGAAGAGACCAAAUGUUUGUUCUACCGUGUAUCUCACGAGCGCGGUUACAGGCAAGGUAAAUGACACUAAAAUUAAAAUUUUAUUAACUCUUUAACAUAACUGCCAUUAAUAAUUCGUGUUGUGUUUGAAUUUAUAUGACCCUAUACUUGUAAUAGUGAUUUUGCAAGCCCAAUAAUUUGUCGAGCAACAGAGUUUUUGAGUAUUUAUGAUACUGAAUUGACAACAAUGUAAUACGCUAGGCUCUGGUUUCCUCUAGGGACUUUCGGAUCUCCGACGUGCCAUACUAGAACAUUUCUUUGACGCUGGUAAAUCUUCAAACAUUCAUAAUUUCAAUGAACAAGAAUUGGGUUUAAUUAAGAAGUUACGACCGUUGCAUGAUGGGAAGGGAAUAGUAAUGUCUGGUCAAGAUUUUAAGACAAUGGCGUCGGCACUUGGUUUCCAUGACGACGAAGAAUUGGAGUCAACGACCCAAGCCUUCGUCGAAAAGGUAUUAUAAUGGUACAUGUAGUACUGUCCGGGAUAGCUCUAUCAGUUCUAAACUGUUCUUCCUAGCGGUCCAGUAAGGAUCAUGUCUUAUUGAUCCAGUGUUACUACAGGACGAAACCUAAACUAAACUAACUAUAUUUAUACUGGAUAAAAUUUGCGGUUGCCAUAGAGUAUUUUAAUAAAACACAAAACAAUAGACAGUAGACACUCCAAAAAUUGCAAACAUUUUAAUUCUUUACGUUUCGACUAUAAUUUAAGUCAUCUUCAGAAGAAUGCCACGUAUUUCGAAAAACAUAUUUUCGAAAUACGUGGCAUUCUUCUGAAGAUGACUUAAAUUAUAGUCGAAACGUAAAGAAUUAAAAUGUUUACAAUUUUUGGAGUGUCUAUUGUUUUGUGUUUUAUUAUUAUACUGGAUAGCUCUAUCAGUUCUAAACUGUUCUCCCUAGAGGUUCAGUAAGGAUCAUCUCUUAUUAAUCCAGUAUUACUACAGGAAGAAACCUAAACUAAACUAACUAUAUUUAUACUGGAUAGCUCUAUCAGUUCUAAACUGUUCUUCCUAGAGGUCCAGUAAGGAUCAUCUCUUAUUGAUCCAGUGUUACUACAGGAGGAAACCUAAACUAAACUAACUUUAUUUAUACUGGGUAGCUCUAUCAGUUCUAAAACUGUUCUCCCUAGAGGUCCAGUAAGGAUCAUUUCUUAUUGAUCCAGUGUUACUACAGGAGGAAACCUAAACUAAACUAACUUUAUUCAAACUGGAUAGCUCUAUCAGUUCAAAACUGUUCUUCUUAGAGGUCCAGUAAGGAUAAUCUCUUAUUGAUCCAGUGUUACUACAGGAGGAAACCUGAACUAAAUAAACUAACUUUAUUUAUACUGGAUAGCUCUAUCAGUUCUAAACUGUUCUUCCUAGAGGUCCAGUAAGGAUCAUCCCUUAUUGAUCCAGUGUUACUACAGGAGGAAACCUAAACUAAACUAACUUUAUUUAUACUGGGUAGCUCUAUCAGUUCUAAAACUGUUCUCCCUAGAGGUCCAGUAAGGAUCAUUUCUUAUUGAUCCAGUGUUACUACAGGAGGAAACCUAAACUAAACUAACUUUAUUCAAACUGGAUAGCUCUAUCAGUUCAAAACUGUUCUUCUUAUAUAGAGGUCCAGUAAGGAUAAUCUCUUAUUGAUCCAUUGUUACUACAGGAGGAAACCUAAACUAAACUAACUUUAUUUAUAUACUGGAUAGCUCUAUCAGUUCUAAAAGGUCCAGUAAGGAUAAUUUCUUAGUUGGGGAAACCUAAACGAGGCCCUGCACUCCCAGUAAAUCCUUUGCUGUUUUAUCUAACUGAACAUACAUAUAUCUUCCAGGGUCUACUAUCACGCGUGAACAUAGCGGAGUCAUUUGAAGAGCCCAACAACACAAUCAUCAUCACGGAUCCAUGUUGUUUUGCCAACGCAUGCGCAAUGAUCCACAGAGAUGAGAACCCUCAGGAUUUCGUGAAUAAACUACAGAAAUCCACAUUAGUUCAGAGGUUCUGGCCGACAUCAACCAGACCUAAUGACUGGACGUUACGAUCGGCUAUUGAUGAUGUUGUAAGCAGAGGGAUGAUUAGGGAGUCAUUUCUGCCUCUCUGCUGGCAGGUACGAUGCUAGUAUCUUGUAGCAAGUCUGUCAACAAGUUGUGUUCGCACUGCUUGUCCCAAGUUGUCAACAAGUUUGGAAAAAGCUGUUAACAACUUGUGUCAAUCUUGUUGAUAUUAUCAGACUUGUAGCAAGCUUGUUCCAACAAGUUCGAUACAGUCAUGAUAUAACAAUAUUGUUACAACCUUGUGUCAUCAUCCUUGUAACAUUCCUGUUAUAUCAUCAUUGUAUCAGACUUGUUAGAACAACCUCGUAAUAAGUCUGAUAAUGCCAUCAAGCUUGUUGCAAGUUGUUAACAGCUUGUUUCAAACUUGUUACAACAACUGGGAACAAGCAGUUCGAACACAACUUGUCGACAGCUUAUGAACAGAUUUGUAACAACUUGUUUGCAGACCUGUAACCACUUGUACGUUUUUACGCGUGUAGAUCAGAAGACUGGCGCAUAGUGUUAGGUAUACACGUAAAAAUCUCACAACUUGUCAACAAGAUGUGUUCGCAACAGGCUUGUAGCAAGCUUGUCAACAAGUUGUAACAAUGCUGUUAUUUCAUCAGGUUGCUACAAGAUUGCCACUCACAACUUGUUGACAAAUUGUUGAAUUGCUGGACGAUAACAAGUUGUUGGAACAACUGGUAACAAGUCUAGGUCACUGGGUCUUUGUUCCUGCUAAAGCAAGUUCUCUCUUUCUCAUUUUCCAGAUUUGGAACAUGAACGAAGAAGACAUUAAACAACUGCUUCCCGCGAUGUUAAAACUUGGAGUCAUAUUGGAAGGCGCGCCAAAAGCUGGUUAUGAGAUUGAACUGGCUUUGUCUUAUUUUAAAAACCUUGCUGUCACCAAACGAUAUCAUUUGCCAUUGCUGAUGAAGUUACCUCCAGAGCCUCCCGUAAGUAUAGCUCUAUCACGUCUAAACUGUUCUUCCCAGAGGUCCAGUAAGCGUAGCCAAAAAUCAAACUUUGUUCUCACUAGAGAUCCAGUAAGGAUCCAAACUUGCCCGCUUCGCUUGAAGCUUGCAAAUUGCGACGGGGGACCGGACACCGAAGAAAGUUUUUUGAGUUAUGUUUCGUAUUGUCAAAAUUGAGUGCCAACUAAUUUGCUCAAACCCAAUUGGUCGAACAUUUUUAUAUACCAAGCCGAAAACAGAGUUCAGGCUUUCGGAAACGGAGUUGUGGCUUUUGAAAACGGAGUUGUGGCUUUUGAAAAGGUACUUCUGGCAUUUGGAAAACGAGUUUUGGCAUUUAAAAAGGGUGUUCUUGCAUUUGAAAACAGACGUUUGGCAUUUGAAAAAGGAGUUCUGGCUUUUGAAAACGGCGAUCUGACAAAUAGACGGCAAACAAACAGACAGGCAAACAAACAAACAGAUACAGUAGGGCCCGGUGGACAUAGAGUUUUGGUAUAUAUGCUCAUGAGCACGUGCAUAUAUGUACCAACAUCCAACAUUCAUCCUAUAUUUUCUUCUGUAGGCUGGAAUAUGGCCAAACGCAGCCCCAAGCUCAACAGUCACUGUGGAUUGGCAUUACCAAUUUCAAGAAGGUUUUUGCGACGACCUAACACUGUAUAUCCUUGCUGCUUCUAAAAACUUUAACCCUUCGAAAACCACCAUCGCUCAUUGGCAAAAUGGGCUCAUUGUGAGACUUGGUGAUGUUGAUAUUUUGCUGGUAUCGAAGCCUCGAAUAUAUCAGUUCUGUGCUCGCUGUACAGUUACCAAUGGCAACAAGCAAGCAUUACACAUGGCUUGGGCGACUCUAGCCCAGUUUAUACACAUCACAGAAAGUUAUUUGUCAAAUUUUCCUGGCUUGUAUUAUCGAGUAAGUUUAAAAUUUUCCUUUUCUUGAACCUUAAAGGGAAGCAUGGGUGAUAGCUACAGCUAGCUUGCUACUGAAGGUCGAGUAUACACUAUUGAACUAUAAAUAAACUGGAAGGCUAACUGCUAUGAUGAAGGCCUAUGAUUUGAUGAAGCCAAAAUAGUUUUUCUGAGUUAUGAGCAGAAAUACUUGACCCCAAACGUCGGGCUAUAUAUCAAAUUGAAGCUACUGAAAAUUGCUAUUCGGUGUGGAAAUUUCAAGACUUCAGCGAAAAGAAAAAUAUUUAAAAAAUACGAAAACAACUGCAAAACGGCAAAUUCUCGGUAAUUAUGUUUGUAGUUUUUCAAUAUUUCCCUUUUAGCUAAAGUCUUGAAAUUUCUACACCAAAUAGUGUUUUUCAAUAGCUUCAAUUUGAUAUGUAGCCCAACGUUCAGUGUUGAGUAUUUCUGCUCAUAACUCAGAAAAACUAAAAUGCACUGGCUUCAAUUCCCCCCCCCCCUGAGUUAGCCUUCCAGUUUAUUUAUAGUUCAAUGAUAUACACACGCGCAAAUUUUACAGAUCUGCAAACAACUUGUAACAAGGUUGUUGUGAACUCGAUAUCAGGAUGUGUUCGCACUGCUUGUUCCCAGUUAUUGUGACAAGUCUGGAACAAGUUGUUAUCAUCUUGUUACAAGGUCGAUGACGGUAACAGACUUGCUACAAGUUGUUCCAACAAGACUAAUACAGGCUGUUCGUAACAAGUUGCUGCGAGCUUGUUGUCAUCAAUUUCUUAACAUGCAGGCAAUAUCUUCAUAUUUUCUCAUAUUUUUAGUUUGGCAGUUCGUCGAUCGUCAAUAGUUCCUCAAGAAGUGUUCAUCAGUUGCUUUCGGAUCAUAUCAAUACAUCUGAAAAUUCUGAUCAAAAUUUGUGGCUUAUUCCUCCCAUAGGUAAGUUGGCUUUCACGAGACACCUUCACUAUCAAAAACUGAGGUUCGAUUCAACCUCAGUCGAUUGUUAGAAAAAUGCUUUCAAUUUGACUUUACCUGUAGUAACACUGGAUCAACUAGAGAUACUGUAAUCCUUACUGGACAUCUAGGGAAAGCAGUUUAGAACUGAUAUAGAGUUAUUCAGGAAAAAUAAAGUUAGUUUAGUUCAGGUUUCCUCCUGUAAUAACACUGGAUCAAUAAGAGAUGACCCUUACUGAACCUCCAGGAAGAACAGUUUAGAACUGAUAGAGCUAUCUACUGUAGUAUAAAUAAAGUUAGUUUAGUUUAGGUUUCCUCCUGUAGUAACACUGGAUCAAUAAGAGAUUAUUCUUACUGGACCUCUAGGAAGAACAGUUUAGAACUGAUAGAGCUAUCCAGUAUAAAUAAAGUUAGUUAAUAGUUUAGUUUAUGUUUCCCCCUGUAGUAACACUGAAUCAAUAAGAGAUGAUCCUUAAACCUUUAGGAAGAACAGUUUAGAACUGAUAGAGCUAUCCAGUAUAAAUAAAGUUAGUUAAUAGUUUAGUUUAUGUUUCCCCCUGUAGUAACACUGGAUCAAUAAGAGAUGAUCCUUAAACCUUUAGGAAGAACAGUUUAGAACUGAUAGAGUUAUACAGUAUCAAUAAAGUUAGUUUAGUUUAGGUUUCCUCUUGUAGUAACGUUCCUUUACAUUUUGUAAGUAUUUUUGUCAUACUAAUAAUCUUACUCUUUUUGUUCAAGACUUUCAAAAGAAAGAAGAACCGUCAGUACCUUUGGAUUUACAAGCUUGGAUGCAAAAUAUAUCAGGUAGAGCUAGUGUGCUCCUUUUUGGACGUUAG